AUGGAGAUUUGUGUUCCGUUGUAUGAGGCAGCAAUUACUAGUGAUUGGGAAGCAGCAAAGGUCAUCCUUGACAGACAUCCGGAGUUGGUACGGUAUGCUAUCACUCCAAAUGGUGACACAACACUUCAUAUUGCCGUAAGAGCUGAAGCUACAAAGCAGGGUGAAGUUUUCGUAGAAAAGCUAGUAGAUAUGAUGGAAAUCGAGAACCUGGAAAUUAGAAAUGACAGCGGUGACCCGGCUUACAUGAUUGCAGCCGUAAAAGGAAAAGUUCAUAUGUUUAAGGUAAUAUUGAAUAAGCACAAAGACCUAUUGAGCAUAUUCCCUACGGUAACUUUGGCAGCACUGGAAACGUGUGCCGUUAAUGGAAAUCAUGACAUGACGUUGCAUUUCUAUAAUGUUCUUGAGAAGACGCCCCUUCCGUUUUGGGGACAGGUUGAACGGUGUCAUUUUUUUCUGAGUUGCAUUCAUGGUGAUUUGUUUGGUAAGAAAAUUAAAUUUUGCAUUGAUACGACUAUAUGA